AUGAGCUGCUCGGUGAAGAUUUCCUGUGGCAAGAGCUGGAGCGGAUCGCAGCGAAGGAUCAACUCCCUCGCGGAGGAAACGACGUGCCCUGCGGUCGUUGGGGGCACGAGCUGCGCCGGCUUAGCGGGCCAACCGACCGCCGUAGCGUCGACCUCGACGUCGACCACGGCUACCACGUCCACGACGACCACCACCAGCACCGUCAGCCCGAGCACGCUGACCAGCGGAAGCCAGAGGCUCGCGCCGCCGCGUCCUGUCAAGUCGAUUGCCGCUAAAAAAGGGGAGGAUACCACGAAACUGCUCAAGUACAUCGACGAUAACGUCAUCGGCAAGAACGGCACGUUCUUCGGACCAUUCGGCCGCAGGAAAGGUCAGUGA